GGACAUGUCGGUAACGCAGUUUCCGGCAACUAUAUGAAAAAAUAACCUAAUUUUUUCGCACUUUUUCCAAAAAACAGUAUUAUCAAUUGUGAUAAUUUAACCGGCUUUCCGAUAAGUUUUUACAUUUCCUAGUGUUGGUUUUUUAGAUAUUGUAGCACAAUAAAAAAAUGAACGAAUUAGAAAAAGCUGAAAUUGAUUGUGCCAAAAAGGCUGAGUUGGUAAAGUCUUUAGAAAAGCAACUAGCGGACGCUAAAGCGGCAUACGCGAUGGCCAGUAGCACCUUAGAAGAGUUAAAACGGUUAAAAUCGCUUGAAGAAAAUCGCAAGAGAAUAGCCUUAACUGAAGACACCUUGAGCGACUGGCUUGAGGAGAAGUUUCCCUGGUCGGCCCAACUCAAAUCACUGCUGAAGGAAAAAUUUAAAUUUGACCAUUUCCGGGCCAAACAACUCGCCGCCAUCAAUGCCACCCUCUCCAAAAAGGACGUCCUUCUUGUCAUGCCAACGGGGGGUGGAAAAUCACUAGUCUUCCAACUUCCCGCCCUCAUAGACCCCGGUUUUACCCUGGUGGUCACCCCCUUAGUGUCGCUAAUCCAGGACCAGUUAGUCGCCUUAGAGAAAUUCAAAAUUGAAGCCGCCACCAUCCACGCAAGUACCUCAAAAAGUGAAAUUAAGGAGAUUUACGAUUCAAUGACUAGUAAAAAAUCGGCAUUGAAAUUGCUCUACGUAACCCCUGAGUGGAUCGCUCGCAGUAAAAAAUUUAUGUCGGUUUUGAAAAAGUGCUACGAGGCGAAGCGAGUGGCUCGCGUUGCGAUUGACGAGGUGCAUUGUUGCUCAACCUGGGGGCACGAUUUCCGCCCUGAUUACCCCUACUUGGGGCUAGUUCGCUCCCUGCUGGAGAAAGUGCCUUUUUUGGGGCUGACGGCGACCGCCACAAUGUCGGUUUUAAACGAUGUGCAAACAAUGCUGAAUCUUGAGAAUUGUCUCAUUAUUACAGCGCCUUUUAAUCGACCGAAUUUGUUUUACCAAGUUUUGCCGAAACCGGCUACUAAAGACGGGGUUUUAAAUUAUUUAGAGCAACUAAUGACUGAGAAAUACGCCGGUCAGAGUGGCAUUAUUUAUACUAAUACCAUAAAUGAAUGUAUUAGUUUAGCAACAGCUUUAAAAGGCUUGAAUUUACGCGUGGCUCCAUUUCAUGCGCAAUUGGAGCCCGAACAAAAGAAAAAAAUACACAGAAAGUGGUUGGAUAACACGUAUCAAGCUGUGGUCGCAACUGUAGCAUUCGGAAUGGGGAUUGAUAAACCUGACGUCAGGUUUGUAAUUCACCAUGUGAUUCCCAGAAGCAUGGAAAGCCUGUAUCAGGAGAGUGGUAGAGCUGGACGCGACGGCAAACGCGCCGAUUGCAUAGUCCUAUUUAGUUUAAACGAUUAUUUAAAAAUUUCAGCCAUGUCCACUUCGCUAGUAGAAGAAAAAAAGGCACAACAAGUACUAGAAUAUUGCGUUGAGCGCCUACGAUGUCGACGCUCAAUUAUAGCUACAUAUUUUGAGCAAGUUUGGGAAACUAGCGAUUGUAACAAAAUGUGCGAUAUUUGCAAACGCGACGUAAAAAUUCCCGCCUAUUAUGACCUAACGCAGAUAUGUAAAGACCUACACUCAUUGAUAGACCAAGCUAAAGGGUUCGACGAGAAAUUAACUCUAAUUAAACUGAUAGAUGCGUGGUAUCAAGCCGGUCUGAAAAAAUUCCGACUGUCGAAUGUGGAAAAACCGAAAAUGUCGAAAGAGCAUGCCGAGCUCGUUAUCGCCUUCCUUUUGCUAGAAAAAUACCUAGCUAUUGAUAAGGGGUACACCAUGUAUUCCACGGUUUCCUACAUCGUCAAAGGGAGGGCAGUCGGUGAUGAAAAAGUCGAAAUGUUGGCUUCGGACGGCAUGAAAAUACCGAAAAGACUGAAGGAGGAAGGCGAUGGAUCUCCCGCAAAGAAAAAACCAAGAACUGACUAACUGUAUUUAUUUCAAUAUAGAGUUUUAUAAA